AUGGCUGAAGGGGGCGAAGGAGGGGAAGACGAGAUACAGUUCCUACGAACUGAUGAUGAAGUGGUACUUCAGUGUGUAGCCAACAUUCAUAAAGAACAGCGCAAGUUCUGCCUGGCUGCUGAGGGGCUUGGAAAUCGCCUCUGCUUUUUGGAACCAACCUCAGAAGCUAAAUAUGUCCCUCCUGAUCUUUGCAUCUGUAAUUUUGUACUGGAGCAGUCUUUAUCUGUCAGAGCCCUCCAGGAAAUGCUUGCCCAUACAAGAGACAAUUCCAGGGAAGGGGCAACUCAAGGAGGUGGUCACAGAACUCUGCUGUAUGGCCAUGCGGUUCUGCUUCGGCAUUCUUUCAGUGGAAUGUAUUUGACAUGUUUAACAACAUCAAGAUCUCAGACAGAUAAACUUGCAUUUGAUGUGGGCCUACAGGAAAAUACAAUAGGUGAAACAUGUUGGUGGACCAUACACCCUGCUUCUAAACAAAGGUCAGAAGGAGAAAAGGUACGGAUUGGAGAUGAUCUUAUUCUAGUUAGCGUGUCCUCAGAAAGAUACCUGCAUCUUUCUGUGGCAUAUGGAAACAUACAGGUAGAUGCUUCCUUUAUGCAAACACUCUGGAAUGUGCACCCUACUUGUUCAGGAAGCAACAUUGAAGAAGGAUACCUACUUGGUGGUCAUGUAUUACGUUUAUUUCAUGGCCAUGAUGAAUGCUUGACCAUCGCAUCUACAGAACAGAAUGAUUCACCACAUAAGCGGGUUUUUUAUGAAACUGGGGGAGCUGGAGUCCGUGCAAGAUCACUAUGGAGAGUGGAACCUCUUCGAAUAAGCUGGAGUGGAAGUCAUAUCCGCUGGGGACAACCAUUUCGCCUUCGACAUAUUACAACAGGACAGUUUUUAGCGUUGACAGAAGACCUAGGUCUUGUCUUAUUAGACAGAGAAAAAGCUGACACAAAAUCAACUUCCUUUUGUUUUAGAGCAUCCAAGGAAAAACUGGAUUCUGCUCACAAACGUGAUAUAGAGGGCAUGGGAUUUCCUGAAAUAAAGUACGGAGAUUCUGUUUGUUUUGUGCAGCAUGUAGCUAGCACUUUGUGGCUGACUUACAAAGCACAGGAUGCUAAAACAUCACGUUUAGGACCACUGAAAAGAAAGGUUAUAUUACACCAAGAAGGGCACACAGAUGAUGGACUGUCCGUGCAAAGGUGUCAACAUGAAGAAUCCCAGGCUGCUAGAAUUAUUCUCAAUACCACAAAAUUAUUCAGUCAAUUUAUAAGGUAUAAUUUCUUAAAUGGAAACAACAGUGUUACAACUCCCCUCACUCUUCCCAUUGAAGAAGUAGUUCAGACUCUCCAAGAUUUAAUUACAUAUUUUCUACCUCCAGAAGAAGAGUUAGAACACGAGGAUAAACAAAACAAACUUCGUUCCCUUAAAAACAGACAAAAUCUAUUCAAAGAGGAGGGGAUGCUGGCAUUGGUUCUGAACUGCAUUGAUCGAUUAAAUGUAUACUAUAGUACUGCUCAUUUUACAGGGGUUGGUAGAGAAGAAAAUGGUGCAGCAUGGAAAGAAAUUCUAAAUCUUCUUUACAAAUUAUUAGCUGCUCUCAUUUGUGGUAACAGAAAUAAUUGUGCCCAGUUUUCCAAUAAUCUUGAUUGGUUGAUUAGUAAAUUGGACAGACUAGAAUCUUCUUCAGGUAUUUUAGAAGUGUUGCACUGUAUAUUGAUUGAAAGCCCAGAAGCUUUAAAUUUGAUAGAUGAAGGUCAUAUAAAAUCCAUCAUCUCCCUGCUGGAUAAGCACGGACGCAACCAUAAGGUUCUUGAUGUCCUGUGCUCUCUUUGUCUCUGUAAUGGAGUAGCAGUGCGUGCUAACCAGAACUUAAUAUGUGACAAUCUUCUUCCUCGAAGAGAUCUGCUCUUGCAAACACGGCUGGUGAACGAUGUGACAAGUAUAAGGCCAAACAUAUUUCUUGGAAUUGCUGAGGGCUCAGCACAGUAUAAGAAAUGGUACUUUGAACUAAUCAUUGAUCAAGUGGAACCAUUUUUGACAGCAAAACCGACACAUUUGCGGGUUGGAUGGGCCUCAACAUCAGGCUAUGCUCCUUAUCCUGGAGGUGGGGAAGGAUGGGGAGGAAAUGGUGUUGGUGAUGACCUGUACUCCUAUGGUUUUGAUGGACUUCAUCUCUGGUCUGGUCGAAUACCCAGGGCUGUUGCAUCUGUGAAUCAGCAUUUAUUAGCAUCUGAUGAUGUGGUCAGCUGUUGCUUGGAUUUAGGGGUCCCCAGCAUUUCUUUCCGUAUUAAUGGACAACCUGUGCAAGGAAUGUUUGAAAACUUUAAUACUGAUGGCCUUUUUUUCCCUGUGGUGAGCUUCUCAGCUGGUGUCAAAGUGCGUUUCUUAAUGGGUGGCCGCCAUGGAGAAUUCAAGUUUUUACCUCCUACUAGCUAUGCACCUUGCUAUGAAGCUUUGCUUCCAAAAGAAAAGAUGAAAUUGGAACCAGUAAAAGAAUAUAAGAGGGAUUCUGAAGGAAUUAGAGAUUUGCUUGGUACUACUCAGUUUCUUUCUCAGGCUAAUUUUAUUCCUUGUCCAAUUGAUACCAACCAGAUUGUUUUGCCUUUCCAUCUUGAAAAGAUAAGAGACAAGCUUGCUGAAAAUAUUCAUGAACUCUGGGGAAUGAAUAAAAUAGAACUUGGUUGGACCUAUGGCAAGAUACGAGACGAUAAUAAAAGGCAGCAUCCUUGUCUGGUGGAAUUUUCAAAAUUGCCUGAAACAGAGAAGAACUAUAAUCUGCAAAUGUCAACCGAAACUCUAAAAACUCUUUUGGCCCUUGGAUGCCAUGUCGUUCAUGUAAAUCCAGGGGCAGAAGAAGAUCUAAAGAAAAUCAAGCUUCCUAAAAAUUACAUGAUGACAAAUGGGUACAAGCCAGCUCCUCUUGAUCUUUCUGAGGUUAAAUUGUUACCUUCACAAGAAAUAUUAGUUGAUAAACUUGCAGAGAAUGCACAUAAUGUCUGGGCAAAAGAAAGAAUAAAACAAGGCUGGACCUAUGGUAUUCAGCAGGAUCUUAAAAACAAACGGAAUCCUCGGCUGGUUCCUUAUGUGUUAUUGGAUGAACGCACUAAAAAAUCAAAUAGAGAUAGUCUUCGUGAGGCUGUUCGGACCUUUGCUGGAUAUGGAUAUAAUAUUGAGGCCCCAGAUCAGGAACUAGCUGACCAAACAGUGGAAAAAGUGAGCAUUGAUAAGAUACGUUUCUUCAGAGUGGAGAAAUCUUAUGCAGUUAAGACUGGAAAGUGGUAUUUUGAAUUUGAAGCUGUAACUGGAGGGGAUAUGCGUGUUGGAUGGGCAAGGCCAGGCUGCCAACCUGACAUAGAACUAGGAGCUGACGACCAAGCAUUUGUAUUCGAAGGCUCAAAAGGGCAACGUUGGCAUCAGGGGAGUGGAUUCUUUGGACGAAACUGGCAAGUAGGAGAUGUAGUGGGCUGUAUGAUCAAUCUGGAGGACAAGUCUAUUAUAUUUACACUUAAUGGAGAAUUACUUAUAACCAAUAAAGGUUCAGAACUUGCUUUUGCUGACUUUGAAAUAGAUAAUGGUUUUGUUCCUAUAUGUUCACUGGGUUUGUCACAGAUUGGCCGAAUGAAUUUUGGAAGGGAUGCCAGCACUUUCAAAUACUACACAAUGUGUGGGCUUCAAGAAGGUUUUGAGCCUUUUGCUGUCAACAUGAACAGAGAAGUCACCAUGUGGUUUAGCAAACGCUUACCAACCUUUGUCAAUGUGCCAAAAGGGCAUCCUCAUAUUGAGGUUACAAGAAUUGAUGGAAACAUUGACAAUCCACCACGUUUAAAAGUUACUCAUAAGACAUUUGGAACACAGAAUAGUAAUGCAGACAUGAUAUAUUGUCGCUUGAGCAUGCCAAUUGAAUUUCAUUCAUCUUUUACCUACAACCAUGGUUUUGAAUUUGAGGGUUUCUACAAAAGAAAACAGAACCAGGAAAUACCUAUUCAUACCACAACAUUAUAUUACUACUUAGUGAAGAUCUUUGCUGGUCAAGACCCGUCUUCAGUCUGGAUUGGUUGGGUAACUCCUGACUACCACUUUUACAGUGAACAUUUUGACCUAAAUAAGAAUUGCACAGUAACAGUUACUUUGGGAGAUGAAAGAGGGAGAGUCCAUGAAAGUGUAAAACGUAGUAAUUGCUAUCUGGUUUGGGGAGGAGAAUCAUUUGUUAAUUCUCAAAGAUCAAAUCGUGGUAAUGUUGAUCUAGAAAUUGGAUGCCUUGUCGAAUUAGCUACUGGAAUGUUGUCAUUCACAGCCAAUGGAAAAGAACUGGGAACUUUCUAUCAGGUUGAGCCAAACACAAAACUAUUUCCAGCUGUUUUUUUACAGCCUACGAGCACAAACCUGGUACAGUUUGAACUGGGUAAAUUAAAGAACACCAUGCCUUUAUCAGCUGCAAUUUUUAAAAGUGAAGAGAGAAAUCCCAUUCCUCAGUGCCCUCCUCGGCUGGAUGUUCAAACACUCACACCGGUUGUCUGGAGCAGAAUGCCAAACAGUUUCCUGAAAGUAGAGACUGAUCGUGUCAGUGACCGCCAUGGAUGGCUAGUACAAUGCCUGGAAUCAUUGCAAAUGAUGGCCCUUCAUAUUCCAGAAGAAAACAGGUGUAUUGACAUAUUGGAAUUAUGUGAACAAGAAGAUUUGAUGAGGUUCCACUAUCAUACUUUAAAGCUAUAUAGUUCUGUUUGUGCUCUGGGUAAUAAUAGAGUAGCUCAUGCUCUUUGCAGCCAUGUGGAUGUUUCCCAAUUAUUUUACACAAUAGAUAAUCGGUAUUUGCCUGGACUUUUAAGGUCUGGAUUCUAUGACUUGUUGAUUAGCAUUCAUUUAGAAUAUUCCAAGGAAGCAAAACUCAUGAUGAACAAUGAAUUUAUCACUCCUGUUACAGAUGAAACCAGAAAAAUCCGAUUAUUUCCAGAGGGAUCAAAGAAACAUGGCUUGCCUGGAGUUGGACUUAGCACAUGCUUGAAACCAAAGUUUAAAUUCUCUACUCCUUGUUUCAUUUUGUCCAAUGAUGAUCAUCAAAAGCCUAGUCCAGAGAUACCACUAGAGAUCCUUAAGACAAAGACUAUAAGCAUGUUGACAGAAGCAGUCUACUGCAGUGGAGCACAUAUACGAGACCCUGUUGGAGGGAAAGUUGAAUUCCAGUUUGUUCCUGUCCUGAAACUUAUAGGAACUUUGCUUAGGAUGGGAGUUUUUGAUGAUCAUGAUGUUAAACAGAUUUUGCUUCUGAUUGAACCAUGUGUAUUUGGUGAGAGCAAAGAAGACGUAAUGGAGCAAGCAGAGAAAGAGGAUGUUAGCCAAAUAGAAGAAAAAGCAGUAGAGGCUGGUGAAAAGGCCAUUAAGGAAACUAAGACCCCGAUAAAGGGCUUGCUGCAAACAAGAUUGCCAGAGUCAGUUAAACUUCAGAUGUGUGAGCUGCUCAAUUACUUCUGCGACUGUGAGCUGAAACACAGAGUGGAAGCUAUUGUGUCAUUUGCAGAUACCUUUGUCUUAAAGCUACAGUAUAAUCAGAAAUACAGGUAUAAUGAACUGAUGCAAGCCUUGAAUAUGUCUGCCGCGCUGACUGCCAGGAAGACAAAGGAAUUUCGCUCUCCUCCUCAAGAGCAGAUUAAUAUGCUACUGAAUUUUCAGUUGGGGGAAGAUUGUCCUUGUCCAGUGGAGAUUCGGGAAGAGCUAUAUGAGUUUCAUGAUAAGCUCCUAAUUCAUUGUGGUAUUCCAUUAGAAGAAGAAAAAGAAGAGGAAGAAAAUAUUUCAUGGGCUGGAAAACUAUGUUCUUUGAUAUAUAAAAUAAAAGGAAUACAAAAAACAGAAAAGAGAGAGGCAACAGAAGAAGAAGAAAAAUAUCCUACUUCUCUGAAAGAGCUGAUAUCUCAAACUAUGGUUCGCUGGGCACAGGAAGAUCAGAUUCAAGAUCCAGAAUUAGUUCGCAUUAUGUUUAACUUACUUCGAAGGCAGUAUGAUAGCAUUGGUGAGCUGCUGCAAGCUCUGAGAAAAUCUUAUACUAUAAGCGCUGCCUCUGUGCAAGACACAAUCAACUUAUUAGCAGCAUUGGGACAAAUUCGUUCACUUCUCAGUGUCAGAAUGGGAAAAGAAGAAGAACUGCUGAUGAUUAAUGGCCUAGGAGAUAUAAUGAACAACAAAGUAUUUUAUCAGCAUCCUAAUCUCAUGAGAGUCCUGGGUAUGCAUGAGACAGUUAUGGAAGUAAUGGUAAAUGUGCUUGGAGGAGACAAAUCUCAGAUUGCUUUUCCUAAAAUGGUAGCAAGUUGUUGUCGGUUUCUUUGCUAUUUUUGCCGGAUCAGUCGUCAAAACCAAAAAGCCAUGUUUGAGCAUUUAAGCUACUUACUUGAAAAUAGCAGUGUUGGACUUGCUUCUCCUUCUAUGAGAGGGUCCACUCCAUUAGAUGUAGCAGCUGCUUCAGUAAUGGACAAUAAUGAGCUUGCACUUGCAUUGGAGGAGCCAGACCUAGAAAAAGUUGUAACCUACUUGGCAGGCUGUGGUCUUCAGAGCUGCCAAAUGCUUUUAGCAGCUGGAUACCCUGAUAUUGGUUGGAAUCCCAUAGAGGGUGAACGGUAUCUCUCAUUCUUAAGAUUUGCCGUCUUUGUUAAUGGUGAAAGUGUUGAAGAAAAUGCCUGUGUCCUUGUAAAGCUUCUUAUUCGACGGCCGGAAUGUUUUGGCCCUGCUCUCAGAGGAGAAGGAGGGAACGGUCUGUUAGCUGCUAUGCAAGAAGCAAUUAAAAUUUCUGAGAACCCAGCUCUAGAUCUUACUUCUCAGGGUUCUAAGAGAAAAUUUUUAGAAGAAGAUGAGGAAGAGGAAGAGACAGUCCACAUGGGCAAUGCAAUAAUGUCUUUCUAUUCAGCUCUUAUAGAUUUGCUUGGUCGUUGUGCACCAGAACUCCAUCUUAUCCAAACUGGGAAAGGUGAAGCCAUUAGAAUACGGUCGAUUUUGCGUUCCCUUGUGCCAACAGAAGAUUUAGUUGGAAUUAUAAGUAUUCCAUUAAGACUACCAACAAUAAACAAAGAUGGAACCGUCACUGAGCCAAAUAUGUCUGCAACUUUCUGUCCUGACCACAAAGCACCCAUGGUGCUUUUUCUAGAUCGUGUCUAUGGUAUAAAGGACCAAACCUUCCUCCUUCACCUUUUGGAAGUUGGAUUUUUCCCAGAUUUAAGGGCAUGUGCUUCAUUGGAUACAAUUUCUCUAAGUACCACCGAGACAGCUCUUGCUCUAAAUAGAUAUAUUUGCACAGCUGUGUUCCCAUUACUCACACGGUGUGCUUCUCUCUUUUUGGGAUCUGAGCAUUACAUGUCUCUGAUUGAUUCUGCUCUUCAUACAAUAUAUCGUCUGUCCAAAGGGCGUUCUCUUACCAAAGCACAAAGAGACACAAUUGAAGAAUGCUUGCUUGCUAUCUGCCACCACUUACGGCCUUCAAUGCUACAACAACUUCUACGCCGAUUAGUUUUUGAUGUACCUUUACUUAAUGAGUACUGUAAAAUGCCAUUAAAGCUUCUAACAAAUCACUAUGAACAAUGCUGGAAAUAUUAUUGCUUGUCUUCAGGAUGGGGGAAUUAUGGAACAGCAGCAGAAGAAGAAUUACAUUUGACUGAAAAACUAUUCUGGGGAAUAUUUGAUUCCCUCUCUCAUAAGAAGUAUGAUCCAGAGCUCUUCCGAAUGGCCUUGCCUUGUUUAAGUGCAAUAGCUGGUGCUUUGCCACCAGAUUAUUUAGACACUCGAAUUACCUCAUUUUUAGAAAAGCAGAUGUCAGUGGAUGCUGAAGGAAAUUUUGAUCCCAAACCUAUCAGCACGCUGAAUUUUAUACUCCCUGAAAAGUUGGAGUUUAUUGUCAACAAAUAUGCUGAACAUACUCAUGAAAAAUGGGCCUGUGACAAGAGUAAUUGUGGAUGGAAAUAUGCUCCUUUACUUGAUGAAAAUACAAAGACACAUCCUUUAAUAAGACCUUUCAAAACCUUGACUGAAAAGGAAAAGGAAAUCUAUAGAUGGCCUGCCAGAGAAUCUCUAAAAACCAUGUUAGCAAUGGGAUGGAGUCUUGAAAGAAACAAGGAAGGAGAAAAUAUGACUCAGCAACGUGAAAAUGAAAAGCUCCGUAGCAUAUCACAAUCUAGUCAGGGUAAUGGCUACAGCCCAGCACCUCUUGAUCUUUCAAAUGUUGUACUUUCCAGAGAACUCCAGGGAAUGGUAGAAGUAAUAGCAGAAAACUAUCAUAACAUUUGGGCAAAAAAGAAGAAAAUUGAAUUGGAAAAUAAAGGAGGAGGUGGUCAUCCAUUGUUGGUACCUUAUGACACGUUGACAGCCAAAGAGAAAGCUCGAGAUAGGGAGAAAGCCCAAGAACUAUUCAAAUUUCUUCUUGUAAAUGGCAUUGCCAUAUCUAGAGGCUUAAACGACCUGGAAUUGGAUGCUUCAUCAAUGGAAAAGAGGUUUGCUUAUAAAUUUCUCAAAAGGAUCCUUAAAUAUAUUGACUCAGCUCAAGAAUUCAUUGCACAUUUAGAAGCCAUUGUUACUAGUGGAAAAACUGAGAAAUCUCCACAUGAUCAAGAAAUCAAAUUCUUUGCCAAAGUUCUGCUACCAUUAGUUGACCAGUAUUUCACCAAUCAUUGCUUGUACUUCCUCUCUUCCCCAACAAAGCCGCUUGGUAGUAGUGGAUAUGCUUCCAAUAAAGAAAAAGAAAUGGUAGCAAG